AUGCUGCCGGGGGUGGGCGUGUUCGGCACCAGCCUCACGGCUCGUGUCAUCAUUCCGCUGCUGAAGGACGAGGGCUUCUCGGUGAAAGCGUUGUGGGGCCGCACGCAGGAGGAAGCGGAGGAGCUGGCCAAGGAGAUGAGCGUCCCUUUCUACACCAGCCGCAUUGACGAGGUGCUGCUGCAUCAGGACGUGGAUCUGGUGUGCAUUAACCUGCCGCCGCCCCUCACGAGGCAGAUCGCGGUCAAAACCCUGGGCAUCGGCAAGAACGUGAUCUGCGACCGCACGGCCACGCCGCUGGACGCCUUCCGCAUGAUGUCGGCGGCCCACUACUACCCCAAGCUCAUGAGCAUCAUGGGCAACGUCCUGCGCUUCCUGCCUGCCUUCGUGCGCAUGAAGCAGCUCAUCGAAGAGGGCUACGUGGGCGAGCUGCUGGUGUGUGAGGUGCGCGUGCACAGCGGCAGCCUGCUGGGCAAGAAGUACAACUGGAGCUGCGACGACCUGAUGGGUGGCGGCGGCCUGCACUCGGUGGGCACCUACAUCAUCGACCUGCUCACCUUCCUCACCGGCCAGAAAGCCGUCAAGGUCCACGGGCUGCUCAAGACGUUCGUCAAGCAGACGGACCACAUCAAAGGCAUCCGCCAGAUCACCAGCGACGACUUCUGCACCUUCCAGAUGGUGCUGGAGGGCGGCGUGUGCUGCACCGUCACCCUCAACUUCAACGUGCCCGGCGACUUCAAGCAGGACGUGACGGUGGUUGGCUCCGCCGGGCGCCUGCUGGCCGUGGGCACUGACCUGUAUGGGCAGCGCAACAGCGCCCCGGAGCAGGAGCUGCUGCUGGAGGACGCCACGCGCGUCAGCAACUCCCUGCUGCCCGAGAAGGCCUUCAGCGACAUCCCCGCGCCUUACCUGCGCGGCACCAUCAAGAUGAUGCAGGCCGUGCGCCGGGCCUUCCAGGACCAGGACGACCGGCGAACCUGGGACGGGCGGCCGCUCACCAUGGCGGCCACGUUCGAUGACUGCCUGUAUGCCCUGUGUGUGGUGGACACCAUCAAACGGUCCAGCCAGACGGGCGAGUGGCAGAACAUCGCCGUCAUGACGGAAGAGCCAGAGCUGAGCCCGGCCUACCUGAUCAGCGAGGCCAUGCGGCGGAGCAGGAUGUCCCUCUACUGUUAGCCCAACCUAGGACAAGGCGGAGCCUGAGGGGGAGCGAGGGGACUGCACGGAAGGAG